CUAAAAAUCAUACAUGUAUUGGUCCACCGGAUUUUUUUAUAGGAAAUGUUGUUAUGAAACAUAUUAACUUGAUGUGAUGAACCGCUGUUUCUGGUGAGUUGUUUAUGUCAAUCAGUGUGCGGUUCAUUUAUGACUUGGUUAUCUAAGUUACUUUCCUCUCGGAAUAUGUUAAAGUUUACCCUGCUACGCAGUCGACGAUUAUAUGUACUAAUUGCAAAUACUCAUUAUAUCCUAACUAGAUCAUCAAACAACUUUAAUAAAAAUACAGACGAUUCAAGGAUAUGGAAGAAUGAUAUUCUGUUGUAUAGAAAACUCGCUUGCUUUUUAUGAUGUGAAAUCAAGCCAGUGUCAUGUUGGGAUUUUGUUCUGCAGUGAAUGCAACAACAUGUUGUAUCCUAAAGAGGAUAAGCGUACAAAAACAUUAUACUACGCAUGUCGUAACUGUGAUUAUUCCCAGGAAGCAGACAAUCCCUGUGUUUAUAUCAACAAACUCGAACAGGAAGUUGAUGAAUUGGCUUUAAUUGUACCGGAUGUUGUUCAUGAUCCAACACUGCCUCGAACAGAAGAUCAUAUAUGUCGUCGAUGCGGUAAACAAGAAGCUGUAUUUUUUCAAUCACAGACAUUGAAAGCGGAAGAAAAUAUGCGUUUGUAUUAUGUUUGUACCAACGUUGAAUGUUUACAUAAAUGGACUGAAUAGAUUAUAUAUAUAUGCUAUGAAAGGAAGUCCUGAAUAAGAACUAAACUUGUAAAGAACGUAUUACAAAAGUUUUGAAUUUGAGUCAUUUACAUAAAAUUUUAUUUAUGUUCUUAUAGAUGGUCACCUACCUAACACGGGAGAUUCUCAAUUUAUUGGCGUAUUUUGAUAUGAUGAUGAAGAGAACCAAUUGUUUUAAGCACAGUUGGCUCUUAAAUCGAUCGUUAUCUCUAACCACCUCUUUACAUCUCGACAUAAUGCAAGUGAUGUAGCGUCACCUAGACUAAUUAGCCACAUUUCAAAUUUGCCGAUAGGAUUUGAUUAACACGAAGAAGGACUUGAAAUACAUGGCAUUAGUCACUACCUGAUGAUCAUUCAAUUGUAAAAAUCGUGUUAUCGUUGAGAAAACUGUACGCAUGAAGUAGUUUAUGCGUCAUUGGUGUGUUUUUUAUUCUAACAUUAAACUCUUAACAUGUUCAUCAAUUUGAAAUUAAACCGAUGCCAG